UAUGAUAUCAAUUUAUUUACAAAAAAUAUCAAAAUAAACUUAAAACUAUAAAUUAAUGAUAAGUUAUUGAUUAUAUGUUAUAAGUAAUUUAAUUUUUUCUACAAAUGUGAACUCUUUCGACUGCUUUUUAAUAUGGAAGACGAAAUUGAUGAAUGUGUCAGAAAAAAAAUUCAAUGGAAUCAGUUGCCAGGAAGUGUGAAAAAACUACUAAAUGAUUCCUCAAGAGACUAUGAAAAGUACAUUUUUGAAUUUAGUAUUAAAAAUCAACUACGUUUUCGAGGUAGUCUAGUGCGCACAGUUAGAAAAGAUGAAAGGAAAUAUUAUGAAACUUUGGUGCAAAGCAGUAUACAGAGACUUAUGUUGUAUCCAUAUCAUUUAGCAGACAUGAUUGUUAAAGGACUCAGAAUAACACCAUUUAUUUACUAUGUGGAGGUGGUAGCAUUGCUCAUAGAGCUUGAAAAAAGCUAUGAUACUAUGCCCAACUUUACAGCUGCUGAUUGCUUACGACUUUUGGGAAUUGGACGCAAUGAGUAUUUAGAGCUGGUCGCUAAAGCCAGGUCUCUUGGUCGAAGAGGCAGAUCCAAAGCGAUCAGAGCCAUGUUACCCAGAGUUCCCUUGAACAUACCCAUGAAACCUUGGUGGAGGGUUGAAUUGGGUUACGUAUUAGAAGAUGAUGUUAAGCAUUUGAGUGAGAACGAAAGGGAACUAAUAGAUUUGUUGAUCGAUCGAGGCUCACAGACUGCCGGCACAUUAGACUACAAUGUCGUCAAAAUUUUAUACAGGCGUGGUCUGAUAUACCUGGACGUACCUAUAACAGGCGCGGAUAAGGUAUCAGUGCCGCCGCUAAAGGGGUUCGUAAUGAACCGCAUCGCAGGAGAUUACUUUGAAACGCUUCUCUACAAGAUAUUUGUGUCGAUUGAUGAGCACACGAGCGUCGCUGAGUUGGCGGGGGUCUUGAUGGUGGAGUGUGAGCUGGUGAAGCAGGCCGUGUCGCUGUACUGCCGGCUCGGUUUCGCUAACAAUCUGCAGCCGCCGCCCGUCUCUCCGCGGCACCCCUCCUGGGAUGACGCUGUCACCGACCACACGCAUCAGCCAUAUCGCCAGAUUGCACCGCUAACAUUCGAGUCUCGCUUAGAUGAAGAUGCAUUGCAGAUGGAGCCCGUGUUGAUAAAAGAUAUGCCGUCUACGUCUACUCAGAGACCUCAAGAAGUAUUUGAAUAUUCUAACAAUGCUGGCGGACAAAGAGUUGCUGUGUUGUUCGACUCAACCCUAGCCGCGUACUUAAUGAUGGGAAACCUAUCACCAGAUCUGAAAAGCCAUGCGGUGACUCUAUUUGAAGUGGGUAAGCUGUGCGACGAGAGUUUAGAUAGUCUGCUCAUGGAGUUGGACAAGGUGGUGGGUGAUCCGGAAAUAGAAGGCGAGGCGCGUCGCUACCUCGCAGCCGCCGCGUGUCUAAGGACAGCGCUGCGCACGCUUCGGCCUAAGCUGCGACCGUUAGACUUGCUGCGCUGUGAAGCGCUGCAUGCGCUUGAUGCGCCGGCGAGGAUACGCCUACUUACUACGAAAUAUAGGCUGGCGAUAUCCACGGCGCCACUGAGCCGCGAGGCUCGCGCCGGCAGCGCGGCGGGGUCGUUGCCUCACGUGGGUCCGGCUCCGCCUGAGGCCAGUUCGCCGUGGAUGCGGCUGUACCUGUACCACGUGGCCGGCUAUGGCCCACCCACGCUGCUGCUCGCGAAGGGUACAGUUCUGCGCGGCGUGCCCCGGUGCCUAUUGGGGUUCUCCCGCCUGUCGGUGUCGUGGUGGGGCUCGGAGGGCGAGGCCACGUGUCUGCCGGCCGCCGCGGCGCUCACUGCAGCCAACACGGCGCUACGACGCGGACCAGUGAUGGUGCAGGCCGCCGGUGUGCGAUCACCACCGGCAGUAGCACAUCUACCUUUCCCGCCUAAAGCCGAUGACAGCGAUGACGCGCAGUGUCUGUGGCGCAAACACGCGGGGUUGCGAAGAUUGCUGCGUAGACUGCGUCUGACACGCACGGCGGGCUACGUCACGCUCGCAGAUAUCGGCGUGCCCGACCUCGGAUGCGCGCGACCUCCCUCGACUGUACAACUUGUUCAAACCCGAAAGAAAAAAGAUAUUUGUGGCAUAGCAAAACCGGUGAGCGAGCUGUCUCUAUCAUCAAACGAAUCUACUGACAAGAACAUAGAAUAUGCGAAAUCCAUAAGUAAUAGACUACAAUCGCCUAUAGAGUCUCAUUUUGCCGUUACACCAACCGUAGACAGCAAAACAAGCUCACCUGCUAACGGAUUCACAAGCGUCGAAGGUGGGAAAUUACUAUGUGAAGAACUGGACAAUCUAGAAGACAAAGAACCGUGCGUUAAUCUCGAUUCAAAACAUUCCGUUUCAAAUAGUAAAGAGUCUAUCGCCGAAUUGGUCAAAAUACAUUCUAUGACGAGUAUAGACAGUAUGAAGUUCGAGGAUGAUAAGUUGGUGGAUCAGUUUGGCGAUCUGUUGAGUCCUGCUGAAGAGACUGUGUCGAUGUUUACUCAGCUAUCCAACAGGUUAACGAAGAUAAGUAAUGACGGAGAUAGCGGGGUUGAUACCGCACACAACAACUCGGAUGACGAAACUUGUAAACCUGAGAAAUGGACGAUACUUGGACUUCAUUUUGGCAUUCCAUUGUUUGAUGAGGGCAUUUGUGAAAAAGUAUGUCAGAGUAUUGUGGACAGAAUUGCUAAACCUGAACUAUUAGAAAAAAUAAAAGAAGAUAACGAGUUUAUAAGGUCAGAUUUACUGAAGUUCGUAUCUCAAUGUCAGUAUAAUCCCGGUGAAGAUAUGGGUAUUGUUAAGCGCGGUACUCUCGUUCCUCUGCCCAGGAAGAACCUGGUGUUCGAAAAUGGCAGGAUCAGCGAGUGGAGUGGAAAGUGAGACGUCGCGGAAAACAACAGAUCACAAUUGAAAUUGAAAUAUUUCAGUUUCAUUUAUUGUUAGUUUUGUACCUUAUGUAACGCGCAAAAUUUAAUUUGAGACCCAAACGGAAUGCGCGUUCCCUCCCUAAUGAUUUCGCUACUUACCGCGCUCACUUCUGUUAAGUCUUCAACUUAUUUCAGCUUACGUCAUGCAAGUCAUAAAUUAAUAUAUAGUAAUGGUGAAAAUUGACUCGCUUAAUGCAUUAGGCAAAGAGGAUGUAAAUACUGCGUAGAGGCGGUACUGCUUAAGAAAAAAUUGAAAUUUAGUUUAGUAUGAAACGUGUAGUGAUUUGACAUAAGUUUGAAAUAGUAGUGAUAAAAGUAUGGCGAUUGGCGACGAAGUAUAAUCCGGCUAGGUUUGAAAGCGAACAGUUGCUGAAAACGUAGUGGAUUACGGCUAUCUCCGUUUUUUACAAGAUUAUAGCCGUCACCUGUCAUUCUAUCAAUAACCGCACGUUUCAUGCAAUCGCGUGAAUCGCUUUAUUCUUAGAGUUUCGCUAUGCUGACAUUAGGUGCUUCGACACGUCCGAACAUGAGUGGCAAUCAAUUUGAAAAAGUGUAGAUUUACGAAAUUCAUUCUAAUUUAUUUUUAAUAAUUUAAUGUAGUAAAUUAGUAUUUCUAAAUAAAUAAAACGCGUGUAGGUAUAAUUAACUGAAUUCUUACACGAUGUUUGGUAUAAAUUAAUAUUUUUUAUCAGGUAGACCUGAAGUUAUUUCUUCAAUAUAUCGACCUUAUAACCAAUGGACGCCUAUUUAAGAGCGUAAGCUUUCAGAUACACGCAUUAUGAAUACAGAUCCAAGAGGCAAUCGCUUUUGUUUACGAUAUGAUGUAAUUAUUACCUGACUAAUUACGACAUGCAAGUAUAGUUACCUAAUCAAUGAGCUUUCAGUAUCCCGUGCCCGCUCCCUUCAUUUGGUUAUGGUUUAUCUACACCCAUGCUUUAAAUCCUCUAUUAAAUAUUCUAAAACAGUUAGCUUAUUGUGAACAUUAAAACACCCAAUGUCCUAGUAACCAUUAAACAUCCAAACGAGUGUUGUAAUUCAAUUCAGUACAACAUUACAACACUCGUUUGGAUUAUGUAAUGGUUACUAGGACUAAAUUUUUUAAUGUUAGCUGUAAGCGAACUGUUUCAGAAUCUUUUAUAGAGGAUUCAUAUUAUGGCUGUAGAUAAAGUAUUGUAUGCAACUGUUUAUAAUUAGGUUUUUAAACACUCAUGUGAUACUAGUAUCGUAGGAGUCCACUGUGUUAUAAGGUUGACGCUUUAAUACAACUAAAGAAAGGUUAGUGAAAAAGAAAAACCAAAAUGAUAGUUAAAGUGCUGUAUUUAGUUUUUAUUUGUUGUUAUUGUAUAUUAGUUGUUGUUGUUUAGUAAUUGUUUUCAGUAUUAAUAUGUAUGAAGUCUUUCUACAUGAGGUCUUUUUGUUAAUUGUGUGAGAAAUAAUACGGUAUAGUAAUAAUAAAGUUUUAGGUUUUCACAGGUAUUCAGUAUAGUUAAAUACUUACGCACCUUAGGAAUUUUAAAGAAUUUAAUUUUUGCAAUAUCGACUCCUUUGUUCUCCUUUUUGCUUUAUAUGGCUAAAAAAGUAUGUCAGUAGACCUUAUUAUUUCUCUUGGGAAGUGGGCUUUCUAGAGCUCUCGUUGAUUUGCCAUCAAUGCCAGUGCCAGUUGAUAAUAAAAGAGACCAGAUAAGGCUACUAAGCAGAACAUUUACUGGCAAAGAAUUCCCGUAGUGGCAGAUUCUAUUGAAUGGAUUUUAUUAAAGCCUCCAGUAAUUUGUUAUCUUCAAGCAUCGGUAUAUAAAAAUCGUGGAUACAAGAUUGAAUACAACUUAUGUUUGUUACAUUUAAAAAGUGAGUGACAAAAAUGUUGAGGAAGGAAAUACGGUUACUAUAGGCACUUAUCCCCAUUGAGACGUCAUAUACGGCGACGCGACCCCGUCUACUCGUCAGUGAUGAGUCACUGAUAUAUUUCGCAACUCUUUUGUUUUCCGCCAGUUUUGACCAAAUACUAGAACCGAAACAUACCGGCUUAUAUUUAAAACAUAAAUCAUCUUUAAUUAACGGCAUCAUGUCAUCAUCAUGUAGUGAAACAACAAGCAAUAUUACCUUUCAUCGGUAAGUCUGUUUCUUUAUUUCAUCAAAAUAUCCUAAAACAUGUGAUUACGCAUCGCGGGUAUUGUUUUUUGAAUGUCGAAUAUAUUAUUAUAGAUAAAAAGUUAUAUCUAGUUUUAUAGUUAAACUAGCUGACACAGUAAAAGUUGUAUUGCCAUAUAAACUAAUAAUUAAAAUCUUGGGGUAUAAAAAAUAGUUGACGACCGAUUCUCAGACCUACCAAAUAUAUCGUACAUAAAAUUUAUCGUACUACAUUAAUCAUUAAUAUUCGAUUGCCAUCUUGCAACUCUAUUGCGUAUCUGUGGAUGGUCGCGAUCGCGAUACAAAAUAGGUGUUGAUCGUAGAUUGGUGAAAAUUUGAAGUUGUAUGUAUUUUGUAAUGCUGAAUCAUAAUAAAAUAAAAAUAAAAAAAAAUAACAAUUAAUAGUGCGUUCAUUACAAAAUCAAAUGCAAUCCGUGGUUUUAGCGUCAAUAAAAUAAAAUAGAAAGAGUCUCAUGUUCUACAAAGAAAAUGGAGGACAUAUUUAAACCUUAUAAAUGGUUAUUAAAGUAUAUCAGCCUUGCGACUCGCAAGGCUAUAAAAAAAGCCUUGAAAAAUAAAAAAAAAUAUAUAAAAAAAGGCAGUCAAUGAGGAAUAGAACGACGAGAAAACUGCAACUAUAAAGUUGCCAAUUUCUUUUAUUAUAACUUUAAAUUACUGUACCAUCAGGAAUUAAUGUUCUCUAAAUUUGAACAAGUACUAAAAUGUGUUUUUCCUUUAGCAGGUCAUUAAAUAUUGUAUUUAUUUCUCGUCUGCAAAAUUAAAAUCACAGGCAAAUGCUAGUUACUGAUAUAAAAACAAAGUAGGUAUUAGAAAACUGUAAAACCUUUUAUCGAUAUCGAUAGAAAGCAUUAAGACGCUAAAUAACGUUACGCAUAGCGAUAAAGUUCGAAAUACCUCGCACUGGUUCGCAGUAAUUCGGACCAAUCACAAACCAAUUAGUUUACAGAAUUGUUUUCUUUUAAAUUGAAUUAGGUACGUAAAUAAGUGCUAAAUAUGUUGAUGAUUGACAUGUUGGCAAUUGAGAACUUGUCUUUCUAGGCCGUAAUAUAUUUAUAUGUAUAUAUAAAUAUAGAUAUAUAUAUAUAUAUAUAUCGCGGUAUCUAUUAAAUAUGUUAAAGAAGUACUGUCAGCCUCAUUAUAUAAAAUAGAGAAAAAUAAACGAAUGUACCUAUUAGCAAACAUUAACUUUAACUUUAGCAACAAGGCCAUGGACUCGUACUAAAACACAAUUAUCAAUCAAUAAUAGUUAAAAACAAAACAUUUUUCAAAUAACGCCAUUUCAAGAAAAAGUCCCUUAAUUUUUUUUUUGUAAAUAGGUAAUUGAAUAUUUAAAAAAAAGUAAAUAUUCAAUUUAAUUUGUUAGAAAUAUAAAAAUCGAGCUCACGGCUCUAAAGUAUUUUUAUUUACUUUUGGAUUCAAAAAUAAUUAUAAUAAAUAAAGUAAAACAAAUUUUUCUUUGUGAUAAAAUAUAACACCAAACUAAUAUUUUUGUGUUAAUUAUUUUAUAUAAUAUUAUAUUACUAGAUGUUUAUAACCUUACAUUUAAUUCCAUAGUGUAAUACUAUAUAUAAAUAAUUUAUGUUAUGAAAUUUUAUUUAUAAGAAAAAUAGAGAAUUAUUUUAUUUUUUUAAAGCUGUCCAUUUAGAUAAGUGCUUUUGUGUUGCCAGGUUAAAUAAGUGAUAUAGCAAUAGUAGGGUAGUUGUAGGAUUAGCAAGAUGUUACCCUUCGUACGUGUAGUAUGUAAAUGUUGCCUAAUUAUAAAAUUUAAUGAUGGUUUCGUGAUGGAAUUUAUUAUUUAAUUUGUACGCCGUAGUUUUUAAUUUUGUGCUCAUAAUUAUAUCCUGAUGACUAAAAAUUUUGAUAGCCAUAUUUGUUUCAAGGUUUGAAUUCAUGUGGCGACUACACGGUAUUUCACCAAUAUAACACGAAUUCGAAGUUCUGUUUUAGUUCCUUCUUAAGAUACUUGAAACAUAUUACGUUAUUUAACUACGUACUUUAGGAGGUCUGCGUUUAUGUUGAAUUAGAGGUUAUGUAUUGAUUGAUAAUUUAAUGUCAAUAACCAAUCAAUUAAAUUAAAAUAUUAUUAAAAUAAUAUAUUAAAUUAA